AUGCCGAAAUCACCAAGCGUAUCGGUUCUGGAUGUUCUGCGGAGGCAGGAGGAGCAGUCACAGCUGGCGGAUUUGGGUUUCCCUCCCAUGCUGCGUCUAGAUGCGGAGGAGGAGCAGCAGCAGAAUGGGGAGAGGCAGAGCCAGGGGCAGGGGAAGGAGCAUGGCAUUCCUGAAGAAGGUGGCAGGGUGGGGGAAAGGGAGAGGGACUUUGCAGCAGCAGAGAGUGAAGGUGAACGAACGAGAGAGUCAACAAGCAGAAACAUUGAUGGAUGUUGCAAUGUGCAGGGGGGAGAGGAGGAGGACGUGGAAGAGGAGGAGGAAGGAGAAGAAGUGGAGGAGGAGAAGGACGACGAGGAAGGGGGAGGGUCGUACCAGGGCCCGCGCAUAGCAGGACUGGAGCCGAUGAACUUUCUGCCCUUUCUGCCUGAGUUGCCCUUUCUUCUCAAGGUGAGUCUCUUUGAGAAGGCGUCCGUGCCACUCGCACCGCUCUUCCUCGGCCGCUCCGCUCGCCACCUCUUCCUCACCGACGUCGACCCGCCUGUCAAAACAACCGACGUCGACCCUCCCGUCGAAACAACCGAUGUCGGACCUCGAAUUCAUCCCAGUAAUGUCAACCCGCAAAUCAGCACCGCGGAUGCUGACCCUCGCGUUGACUCUACUGGCGGCACAGAACCGCAAAGUGAAACCACCGGCACCAACGCUCGGAUUGAUACCACCAGUGCUGGUCGUCAACCAAGCACGUCUGGUGUUGAUCCUCUCAGUGAUGCCCUGGGUGCUGCUGUGGCUGGCGAUAUUCAUGUAGACGCUGCGAAGGUUAACCCUUCUACGGGCCGUGUCGACCCUUUAAAUGCCAAGUCUGGUAAAUAUUUACCUCUCAACACCAACACGACUCUUUCCUCCUCCGUUGAUGCUGGUCAUCCCUUUGCUGAACUUUCUGCUCAGCCAGCUGCCGAAGCUCUUGCUGUGGGUGCUGAGUCCAAUUUGGGCCAUGCAACUGCGAAGGAAAAAAAGCACCAGCAGCCGCAUGGGAUGGUGCGGUUGCAUCGGCUGGGAAGCAGCCUGAUUGACGUGACAAGGGUGGCAGCAGCAGAAGACCAUUCAGAGGAGACAGCAGAGACAGGGGUUGGGAGUCGCAAGGAGAAACACCAGCUGCCUCUGCUGCUUCGCAUGACUACAGACAACGAGGAAGGCCCCUUCUUGUCUGCUCUCGCUGCAUUCAAGUACAGAGCUGCAUACGCCAAUGUCUUGGGGGAUCGUGCUCCUUCAGGUGGUCCGUCAGGUGCUCCUUCAGGUGGUCCGUCAGGUGCUCCUUCAGGUGGUCCGUCUGAUGGACCUGCAGCAGGUGACGCCCCAGAGCCCAAAGAGCACACCAAUUUCUUUGCGCGCCUGAAGGGAAGGUGGAAAGUGGGGGGGGGAACAGCAGCAACUCCCGGCUUCGGACUUGGCUUUGGGUUCGGUUCCCCGCAGCAGCAGUUCCUGCCAUUCAAACAGCAGCCACUGAAGCUGAAAGAGAAGGGGCAUACCGAACAGGGUGAGGAAGGAGAGCAGGCCUUUGAGAACGAUAAAAAAUCACCUGAUGAUCCACCUGAGGGUCCACCUGAGGAGGGUGAGAAGGGGCGGUUGCAGCUGGUGCGUAGCAUGAGUGAGGGUAUGGUUCCCAGGGGUGCAAGUGGCAGGGGCAGCGGGAGUGGGGGCAGCAGUGGGGAAGGUAGUGGCAACAGCAGAACUGGACAAGGGGCGAUGAAGAACGACAUUGGGCAUGGGAGCGAUGAGGGAUGGUGUGGCGAGGAGAAUAAGGCGAGGAGAGCAUCUAUUGGUGGUCCUGCUGCUGCUGCUGCUGCUGCCGCUGCUGGUGGUGCUGGUGGUGCUGGUGCUGCCAUGCUGCCACGUACUGCAGGGAUAGCACCGAAGAAGCAUAGCAUUCAAAUGCAGUGGGAAGGUGGGUUUCCUCUCCACGUCUCCGUUGAUUACGCCAUGGUGGACAAUCUCAACCGUGUCCCGUGGGCUCGCAUCGAUGUCAACUUUGCAUCGUCACCACUUGCCUUCCUGGCUCACAUCCUCAUUCAGGUGAACAUCCCAACACUCAAGGCGCAUGGAGCCAGUGUGAUUCAGCAUGUGAUUGACAACUUUGUGGUGUAA